AUGCAUUUCAUCAAGACGGUCGUUCUUGGCAUGUCCAUCGCCUCUGUCAACGCAGCCGCGUUGCCUGCAGGAAGCUCUGAUGGACUUGGCUGCAAGGUCUUUGGCGGCGAAGGCUGUGAAGCUGAUGGAGCUUCAUAUGCUGACACACUGAGACGUUUCCUCAAGAGGAAGGCCAAGACAACUACUGCUGUCCAGAAGCCGGCUGCUGCCAAGACAACAGCAAAGGCUGCCUCAACUACCAAGAAAGCUGCUUCCACCACCAAGGCAGCGGCUGGUAAGACUACCUCUACCACCAAGCAGGCUACGUCUACAGCCAAGCCUGCUACCAACAAGCCCACAACCACUUCCAAGCCCACCAGCACUAGCAAGCCUGCUACCGGCAAGACUACUUCCACUGGAAAGUCUACUUCCACUGGAAAGUCUACCUCUACUGGAAAGUCUACCUCUACUGGAAAGUCUACCUCUACAGGAAAGUCUACCUCUACAGGCAAGACUACGUCAACCGGCAAGGCUACUUCCACUGGAAAGUCUACCUCUACUGGAAAGUCUACCUCUACCGGAAAGUCAACAACCUCAAACAUCCCCAUUUCCCCUGCUAAGCCCGGCACUACCACCACUACCAAGUCUACUUCUACUGUCAAGACUACCUCUACCACCUCUACUGCCAAGGCGGUCACGACUACAGCCGUCCCUGCUUCCCCUAGCAAGGGAACUACCACCAGUACCACAACUACCAAGCCUACAACCACCAUCAUCACUACCACUAAGCCUACUACCACCUCUCCUUCCACCACGGCAAAGGCACCUACUACCUCUACCACAUCCACGACAAGCACCUCCUCCAAGGCCAGCACAACCUCAUCCACUACUACUUCCAAGUCUACAUCAACUACUACCACCUCAUCCAGCACAACCUUGGCUACUUCAACCAAGACUGGGGGUUCCUCCACUUCCCUCAAGGUUGAUGAUGAGAAGACCACCACUUCUGCCAAGCCUGCUGUAGAGCCCACCACGAACCCCAAGGGUGAUGAUGAUGGCAAGACCACCACUUCUGUCAAGGCUGAUGAUGAGAAGACUACUUCUGCCAAAGUCGUUGACGAGGAUGUCACUACUUCUGCACAGCCUGCCUCAGAGCCCACUACAAACCCCAGUGGCGAUGAUGAUGACGAUGAUGUGCCCUCUAUCCCUUCCCAAGGCGCCGAUGACGAGUCAUCUUCGGUCAAGCCAGUUGACGAGCCUACUGUCCCUUCCAAGGUCGACGAUGACAAGACCACUUCUGUCAAGGCCGAUGAUGAAGACAUCACCACUUCUGCCACGCCAGCCUCAGAGCCUACUACCAACCCCACGAGUGAUGAUGACGAGGAGUCCACUCCCACUUCCAAGCCCACCGACGAGAAGACUGACGCUCCUGCGUCUGAGGGUUCUGCUUCCGCUACCAAGGUUGAUGAGGACGAAUCAACUUCAGUCAAGCCAGUUGAUGAGCCCACAACACCUCCCAAGGAUGAUGAAGACACCACUUCCGACAAGCCUACUGGUGAGACUACUGCUACUGAGGUGUUUGAGGAGCCAAACACCAAGGUUGCCUCGGAUGAGUCUACUCCCACAUCUGACGCUUCUGAUGAUGAGGAGACCAACACUUCCAAGUCUGUUGUCGACGAGGAACCCACCAAGGUCUCUUCAGCUGAGGUUGAUCCUACUUCCAUUGCAUCUGAUGACGGAGAGGAGCCCACUGGCACUGAUGAGGAGCCUAGCGAUCCCACCACUCCUGCUGACGAUGAUGAGACCACCACCACCAAGGCACCUGAUUCUGAGGAGACUGUCUCCGAGAAGCCUGCCAGCGACCCCACUGUCACUUCAGACGCCGCUGGUGAGGAAUCUACCUCGACCAAGGUUGCUGAGGAGCCUGCCAAGGACACUACUGCUGUUGACGAAGAGCCUACUGCUCCUUCUGACAAGGAGACCUCUACCACAGCAGAUGAGCCCAUCACUGAGCCUACUGGCACCCAAGAGGAGCCUGCUACUGAUACCACUGCCACCUCUCCAUCUGAUGAGGAGUCUACUACCAAGGCAGUUGAGCCUGAGGAGACGGUUUCUGACAAGCCUACUGGCGAGACCACUGCAACUGAGGUCUUUGAGGAGCCCAACACCAAGGUAGCUUCGGAUGAGUCUACUCCUACUUCAGAUGCCGCUAGCGGGGAAUCCACCACUACCAAGGCGGCAGAGGAGCCUGUCCAGGAUACCACUGUUGCCUCUGACCCAGAGCCCACUGUCACAGACGACGAGCCUGCCACUGAGCCUACCACCACCAAGGCCUCUGAGCCUGCUGAUGAUACCACCACCAAGGCUGCAGCUGAUCCUUCCACUGAGACCACCGCUGUUGCUGAAGAGCCCGCCACUGAGCCUACUACCACUGCUAAGGCUGCUGAUCCUGUUGAGGAGCCCACUGCUGGGGAGCCUACAUCUGAGCCCACCAAGCCUGCCGAUGAGGAGUCUACUGCUCCUUCUGACACGGAAACCUCUACCACAGCAGAUGAGCCUGUCAGUGAGCCCACCAAGGCGGUUGAUCCCGCUGAGGAGACCAGUGCCACAGUUGUGGAGCCCGCCAGCGGAACUACCACUUCCAAGGCUGAUGAGGAACCUGCCAGCGACCCUACCUCUGCUUCUGCUGUUGAGGAGUCCACUCCUACCCCCACCACUCUGGUGACAAUGGUGAAGCCUACUACUUCAGCUGCUGAGGAGCCCACUGCUGAAGAACCUUCGUCUGAGUCUACCACACCCGCCGCUGAGGAGCCCGCUAGCGAGCCUACUACUACUGCCAAGGCGGCUGACCCUGUUGAGGAGCCUACUACUGCUACUGCUGCUUCUGAGCCCACGACUACGGCCAACUCUGAUGGCUCAUCUGGUUCAUCAGGCUCAUCUGACGAACCAUCUGGUUCCGGUUCCGGCUCUAGUUCAUCCGGCUCCUCUGAUGAACCAUCUGGAUCUGGUUCUUCGUCUGGUUCAGGUUCUUCAUCUGGCUCCUCUGAUGAACCCUCUGGAUCUGGAUCUUCCUCUGGAUCAUCUGGCUCCUCUGACGAACCUGCUGGAUCUGGCUCUGGUUCGUCCAGCUCAUCUGAUGAGCCAUCCGGUGGUAGCCCUUAA